CUCUUUGUUCGGUUUAGUAUAGUAAAUAGUAGACUGACAUAGACUGAUACACAUGUGACACUGGGGAAAAUAAGUGCUUAUAUAUAAGUAUAUAAGUAUAUAACUAUAGGCUAAUGUAGGUUGUUAGGCUACUCUAUUUCAACACACAGUUAGACACCGUUAGAACUUCUGAAACUGGUCUAUAAUGGGAGUGAUGACAGAGAGGGGAAGAGAACCCUAUUAGUAAUUUAGCAGAGAAUGACCGCGCGCGCCUUUAGUGGUAAUUUUAACACUUGUUCAUUGUGAGUUCUUGUUUUUGAGAAUCCGCAUAAGUUUGCCCAAGGGUUACGUGGGUGUUAUCGAGUGGGAAUGUGUGGAAUAAAAGCCCGCACAGACCCUGCGAAAGAACACACGACGCAUCUCGGGCUCGGACAGACGCACUUGAUUUUUCUGCGCUAAAUUUGAAGCGCGCAACAGACCGAAGAUGGGUUCUUUGAUGUGGUUCAUCGUGCUCUUCUGUUUGUCCAUAACGAGGAUGUCUGCGCUUAACUUUUUCCCUGAUAAAUUUGAAAUUGGUGAAAAACACACAUCCGUUACCCUGACCUGUAAAACGAAUAAAGACAGUGUCACAUGGAAACGUGAUACCAUAGAAAUAAAGGAAUCAGAUUUUGAAAAACCCAGUGGUCGAAGUCUGACCCUGAUCGACCUUCAGGAAGACCUAAUCGGGAAUUACACCUGCUGGAGUGAUACGGGUCUUGAAGACUACACCUAUCUCCUGCUUGACAAGUCUAAAGAAGAUACAGUGUUUAACAUCAAUUGCACAGCUGAAACUCUUUCCUGCACUGAACACAUCAAAUGUACUUGGACCUCUGAAGAAUUUACAGCUUUCAGACUUCGCAAUACAAGGGAUAAUGGUAACUGGGUGUCACAGCCUGUGGAUGGGUUAUUUUUCCUCCCACAUUCAACUAAUUCCUAUUCUGAAGAAUCGGAGCGACUGCUGAUAACAGGGGAGGCAGUUUCCCCAUGUUGCUAUUUGAAAACUGACUACAGCUUCUACCUCCGAGACAUUGUUAAGCCAGCCAAUCCAAACAUUUCAAUCUGCACAGUAAAAAAUAAGGGGAGUGAUAAGCAAAUCGUAGAACUGGAGGUGAUGCCACCUUCUUCCUGGCCGCAGCCUCACAGUUUCUUUCCUCUGAAGCAUCAGGUCGAGUACCAGAUUCGACACAAUGGGGAGCUGAAGACUAAAGAAUGGGAGAAGGAGUCAAAGAUUGAAGUUGAAGGGCAUAUCAGAAAACUAAGGGUGCGCUCCAGAGACAUGCUUCUCCUCUCUCAGUGGAGCGAGUGGACCUCAUGGAAAAACGUGCAUGACAGGGAAACAAGAACCCGUACCAAAGAAAGGGGCAAGGAAAAGAAGAGGCAAAAAGAAAUAAGAAAUAAGAAAAAUCACAAGAAAACCGGCAAGGGGAAAAAAAGAAACUUCUGAACUGGGCAUGUUUUAGAAUUACUAAAAGUAUAUUAAAAGUCUAAAAGUAAAAUAUCUAAAAGUAUAUUUUUAUUCUAAUUCUAGCACUGGAAUGGUUUACCUAGGUCUUUUAGAUCGAUCUCCUCUUUUCACCAAUUUAAGAUUUAUGCUUCAUGCAUGUAUAUGCAUGUUUGUAUAUGUACAAUAUAUGUAUAUGUGUGUGAAUAUGUUGUCUUCUUUCUUCUUCUCAAUUGUCUAUAUGAAUGACCUUAACUGCUUAUUGCCUAAUAUAUAAUGGUUGGCUUGAUGAAGAUAUGGGUGGUUUUGGUGUGAUGGAGAGCUUUUGUCUUUGUUCUGUUAGUAAGUAUAUAUGUGAAGUUGUUUUUCUUGA